UCUUCUUCUUCUCCGGAGACCUUCGCACGGUUGUUCCUUGCCGCCGAGUGAAAUCGAGGACAGAUGGAGAAUUUGAUAACGCUGGUGAACAAGAUACAGAGAGCAUGUACGGCCUUGGGCGAUCACGGCGAAGGAAGCUCCCUUCCCACUCUCUGGGAUUCCUUGCCCGCCAUUGCCGUCGUCGGUGGUCAGAGCUCUGGAAAGUCUUCAGUGCUCGAAAGUGUUGUUGGAAAGGAUUUUCUACCUCGCGGAGCAGGAAUUGUUACAAGGAGACCUCUUGUCCUGCAGCUUCACAGAAUUGAUGAAGGAAGAGAAUAUGCAGAGUUUAUGCACCUUCCAAAGAAGAAGUUUACUGAUUUUGCUGCCGUGAGGCAGGAGAUCUCAGAUGAGACUGAUCGUGAAACUGGUCGCUCCAAGCAAAUCUCUACCGUCCCAAUUCAUCUUAGUAUCUUUUCCCCUAAUGUUGUGAACUUAACACUGAUUGAUCUUCCUGGACUAACAAAAGUAGCUGUGGACGGUCAGCCUGAGAGCAUUGUUCUAGAUAUAGAGAACAUGGUCAGAUCUUUUAUUGAGAAGCCAAACUGCAUUAUACUGGCUAUUUCUCCUGCAAACCAAGAUCUUGCUACAUCUGAUGCCAUUAAGAUCUCCCGUGAAGUUGACCCAAAAGGAGACAGGACUUUUGGAGUUUUGACAAAGAUUGAUCUUAUGGACCAGGGCACUAAUGCUGUUGAGAUUCUGGAGGGAAGGUCAUAUAAGCUAAGGUAUCCAUGGGUUGGUGUCGUCAACCGGUCUCAAGCCGACAUUAAUAAGAGUGUUGAUAUGAUUGCUGCUCGCCGGCGAGAACGUGAGUACUUCCAAACUACCUCUGAGUAUAGACAUCUAUCUGAGAGGAUGGGUUCAGAAUAUUUGGGAAAAAUGCUCUCCAAGCAUCUGGAAACUGUCAUCAAGUCGCGAAUUCCAGGACUUCAGUCUCUUAUUACAAAAACUAUUGCCGAGUUAGAGACGGAACUGAAUCGCCUGGGGAAACCUAUUGCUGCAGAUGCUGGUGGAAAACUAUACAUGAUAAUGGAGAUUUGUCGUGCGUUUGACCAAACGUUCAAGGAACACCUGGAUGGAACACGUUCUGGUGGUGAAAAGAUUAAUGGUGUAUUCGCCAAUCAAUUCCCAGCAGCCAUUAAAAGAUUGCAAUUUGACAAGCAUCUAUCGAUGGACAAUGUACGGAAACUGAUAACAGAAGCAGAUGGAUAUCAACCGCAUCUUAUAGCUCCUGAGCAAGGGUAUCGCCGCCUCAUAGAAUCAUGCCUAGUCUCCAUCAGAGGCCCAGCUGAAGCAGCAGUCGACGCGGUUCAUGCCAUUCUCAAGGAUCUAAUUCACAAGUCAGUUGGCGAGACGUCUGAACUGAAGCAAUACCCGACACUGAGAGUGGAAGUAACGGGUGCGGCGAUAGAGUCACUGGACCGAAUGAGGGAGGAGAGUAAGAAGGCAACGCUGCUACUGGUGGACAUGGAGAGUGGGUACUUGACAGUGGAAUUCUUCAGGAAACUUCCACAAGAUGCUGAAAAGGGUGGCAAUCCAACCCACUCGAUUUUCGAUCGGUACAACGACGCCUAUCUCCGCCGAAUCGGAUCAAAUGUGCUGUCGUACGUGAACAUGGUAUGUGGCAGCUUGAGCAAUUCCAUACCGAAAUCCAUAGUCCACUGUCAAGUCCGCGAGGCUAAACGGAGCCUUCUCGAUUUCUUCUUCACCCAACUUGGCCAGAAAGAGGUUAGUCAGUUCACUCCGGUCGCUGCGUCCUCUCUCUCUCUCUCUCUCUCUCUCUCUCUCUCUCUCAACCCCUCGUUCUUUCAGAGGAGGACGAACAUCGCCAAGCGACUUGAACUCUAUCGAAGCGCCCAGUCUGAUAUUGAAGCUGUCGCCUGGUCCAAGUAGUUAGUUUACCCCCUCUCUCUCUCUCUCUCUCUCUCUCUCAUAUUAAUUUAUUUCUCAUCAUAUUUCCCUCUCGGCUCUUGUCUUUUUUUAUUAUUCUCACGUAAAAGAUCCAAAGAACGUUCUUUUUUCAGACACCCAAAAGAGUUGUACGAAUUUUUUUUUUAAAAUCAUAAAACCCUGUUCUGUUAGGAGAAAUAAGGAAAAGUCCAAUUUUUUUUUAACAGUAUUUUUAUGGCUUGAGGCAAAAAAUAAGAUAAAACAUAUACUAUAUAGUAGAGUGAGAUGGACAUUCGUCCAAUGUUUUUUUACUCAUUUUCUUUUAAAAAAUAUUAUUUAGAGAUCGAAAUCUAUAACUUGAUCUUGAGUUCUAAAACAACUUGCAAUAAAACUCGUACCAAAUUACUCAUUUCUCACAGACAAUAUGAACAUUUUUUUUUAUUUCUUAACAAAUUUUGGGAACGUAAUUACCCUACCAACACUGGUCAGUCUCCCACGUACGUCUCCGUGUGUAACCAGAAACCGAUGAGAGCCCCACAACCGUUGGAUACGCCGUGGCCUUAAUGCAUCUACGGCCGUAAAUCAUCCGAUCGUAAUCCCCACGUUUCUCCAGGUCCGACAACGUCGUGUACGCCUCGUGUAUCCUCAUGAACUCGCGCGCGUUGGCUUCACUCGCCGCUGCUGCCACGUCAGGGUGUACGGUACGAGCGAGUCUACGAUACGCCGACUUAAUAUCCUGACACGUGGCACCCACCGGUAUGCCGAGAACCUCGUAGAACGAUGAUGACGUGGCUGACACGCUGGUGGGUUGGCGGUGGGGCCUGUAAACGGCGACGUUUGGGCAGAGGAAAUAAGCUGAUGAUGAUGAAACUGCCAUUGGAUUUUUUUCUUGUGUAAAUGUAUAAAAUCUUCGAAGGUUCUUGGGGUUUUUAUUAGUUAUUGAAUUCGUUGUCUGAGUGUGCAACUUGGGAACU